UUUGGUCUCAUGUGUUACGAAGCCGGUGAUGGCAGUGAUUGAGCAGGGAAAUUUGUGUAUGGGUGCUGUUAUAGGUUAUGUCGGAAUUAGGAAGAAGUGUAUCCUUUAAAUAUCCCUUCCGGAAGCAUUUUGGUAGUUUACAAGCUUCUUUUAAAACGUGAAAAACGGUUUAAAGAUGAGUGGAAACGAGACAUCAACAAGCGCCACCGUCUCUUCUGCUGAUGCAGAGAGGGCUGAGAAAUUGAAAGAGGAAGCCAAUUUGUGCUUUAGAAAUCAAGAUUAUAAUAAAGCAAUUGACUUUUAUACACAAGCAAUUGAAGCAAAUCCAAAUGUUGCUGUUUAUUAUGCCAACAGGAGUUUUGCAUACUUAAGAACAGAAUGCUUUGGUUAUGCAUUGACAGAUGCUUCUAAGGCGAUAAGCUUAGACAAGACGUACAUUAAAGGAUAUUAUCGGAGAGCAGCAGCAUAUAUGUCACUUGGGAAAUUCAAACUGGCUUUGAAAGAUUUUGAAGCUGUUACAAAAGCUAGACCAAAUGAUGAAGAUGCAAAAGCCAAAUAUGCCCAGUGUAACAAAAUGGUGAAGAAAAUUGCAUUUGAGAAGGCCAUUGCAGUUGAUCAUGGGAAGAAAAGUAUAGCUGACACAAUUGAACUGGAAAACAUGACCAUAGAAGAUGAUUAUGAUGGACCCAAAUUAGAAGAUGGGAAGGUUACGUUGCAAUUCAUGGUAGACCUUAUGCAACAGUAUAAAGAACAACGGAAGCUUCAUAGGAAGUAUGCAUACAAGAUAUUACUAGAUGUGAAACAACUUUUUAUGAAACAACCAUCCCUUGUAGACAUUAACAUUCCAGAUGGUAAGAAAUUCACAGUGUGUGGAGAUAUACACGGCCAGUACUAUGAUCUCAUGAAUAUAUUUGAACUUAAUGGAAUUCCUUCAGAAGAAAAUCCUUAUCUUUUUAAUGGGGACUUUGUUGACAGAGGUUCAUUCUCAGUUGAAUGUAUAUUUACAUUAUUUGGUUUCAAGUUACUAUAUCCUAAUCAUUUCUUCAUGGCGCGAGGUAACCACGAAAGUAGAGUGAUGAAUGAGAUGUAUGGCUUUGAAGGAGAGGUGAAGGCAAAGUACACUGCGCAGAUGGCUGAACUUUUUACAGAGGUUUACAAUUGGUUGCCGCUGUGCCAUUGUUUAAAUAAUAGAGUACUAGUUAUGCAUGGUGGUCUGUUUUCAGACGAUAGUGUCACAUUGGAAGAUUUGAGAAAGAUUGAUAGGAACAGGCAACCGCCAGAAGAAGGUUUAAUGUGUGAGUUAUUGUGGUCUGAUCCACAACCUCAGCCUGGCAGAGAACCAAGUAAGCGAGGUGUUGGCAUACAGUUUGGUCCAGAUGUUACAAAGAAAUUUCUUGACCUUAAUGGUCUAGAUUACAUUAUAAGGAGCCAUGAAGUGAAAAAUGAAGGCUUUGAAAUAGCUCACGAUGGACACUGCAUAACAGUAUUCUCUGCUCCAAAUUACUGUGAUUCGAUGGGGAACAAAGGUGCAUUUAUUACACUUAAUGGCAGAGAUAUGAAACCUAAAUUCACAUCAUACGAAGCAGUGCCUCAUCCCAACUUGAAACCAAUGGCAUAUGCAAAUGCACUGAUGCGUUACAUUGUGUAGUGUAUUCCUUUGAAAUACACAUACGUAAGAGGAAGUGCCAAUACAAUUAUCUUUGUCAGAAUCAAAGAUAUUAAGGAAAGGUGCUUUCGAAGGACUUUUGGACUCAUGUUGUUCCCUGUUUUAGGAAUGUUUGAAGAUCAAGUUGAGAAAAAAUGCAGUUAUUUUAGAAGCCUAAAAGAAUAUUAUUUUAAAUCAAUGACAUUAGUUUAAAAUCUGUGCCACAACACAAUGUCACUGUGAAAAUUUUUAUAACUGUGUUCAACAACAGUUAAAUGUAAUUAAAAGCUUGUUCGCAGUUUUGUUUCCAGACUUUGUGAAAGAGUUUUUUAUAGCACAGGAUUUAAUUUCCAUUUACCUUGCUACAUAGAUCCUGUGUAAUUAUACAAUUUCUUAUUUAAAACUUCAUAAUACCUCCCAUUGUGGAAGAAAUGUUUUAUUUUAAUGUUUCAAGU